AUGCUGUUCUUCGGCCUCGGCGGCCUCUUCUACGUGUCCGUCCUGCUCGUCAACGCCAUCGCCGUGCUCUCCGAGGACCGCUUCCUCGCCCGCAUCGGCUGGGGCCAAUCUGCUGAGCCGGGAUUUGGCGGUGUUCAAGACACGCAGAGUGUAAAGGCGAAGCUGAUAAACCUCAUCGCAUCGGUGCGGACAUUGAUGAGAAUACCGCUCAUCGGCAUCAACACCAUGGUCAUUCUCUACGAGCUCAUACUAGGAUGA